UCUCUAGUAUCCUUUUACUUUUCUUGUUUUAUUCUGCUCCUCCUGUCUUGUGAGCCAUUUUGCAAGUUCUCUUAGCCUUGUGCCCAGACAGCGGGCAUCUGGGCAGGCGAUCCUUUUACCUUCUUUGGUAGAAAGCAAGUCAUGUACAUGCCAUCCCAAGGGCGGGGGGUGGUGGUCAGUUAAUCUGCAGCUCUGUCUCUCUUGUUAGAGGCACUCAAAGCAGCCACCUGCUCUCCCGGUGCUUUAAAGGUUUGGGCUUUUUGUAGGCUCAUCAGCAAAGCAGGAAAGCUGACCACUUGCUGGCCGUGGGGAAGUAUGAAGAGGCUGUUUCCUGUCACCAAAAGGCAGCAGCAUACCUUCAAGAAGCUAUGAAGCUGACUCAAUCAGAUCAGGCCCAGUUAUCCCUGGAAUUGCAAAGGGAGAGUCACCUCAAACAGAUCCCCCUCAUCCAAGAGCGAUGGAAAAGAACAAAAAGGGACGAAAGGUUAAAAGCCCGCCCUCUGGCGGACAGAGAGAGCGUGGCCCACGCGCAGAGCUCUUCUAAGCCCUCCGCCGAGGAAGCCGAGGACCAACAUGGGACACCUGCCAGCCUUAAGUGCAGGCCCUCCUCAGAGGAGGCGAAGGGGUUCCACAGGGUCUUGGACAGGGAUCCGGACACGCUGCUCUUUCUGCUUCAGAAGAGGAAGGAGCCUCCCCUGGACGUGGGCGUGAAGAACAGGCCUCCCAAGGACGACAAGAUGAAGAUGGAAGAGCAGGCCACCAAAAUUGCACUCCUGGAGCAGCACGUGGAGAUGCUGUUUGCCGAAAACGAGAGGCUGAGGUGGGAGAACCGGCAGUUAAAAGCCGAGAGAGCCAGGCUGCUGAAGUCUCCCCUGGACAAGGAGCUGGAUGCAGACGCUGACUUUGUGGAAAAGUCGGAGCUGUGGGGCCUCCAGCAGCUUUCGGAACCUGCCGCCUCCGCCACCAGCCCCUGGCAGAAAUUGGCGGUCAGUGCCGGGAAGGGCAAGGACAUUCCCAUCCCCAGCCUGCCCCCCUUGGACAUUCCCUCCCCGGAGUUCCCACUGGUGGAGCUCUCGGAAGAUCUCCUGAAGGGGCUCAUGAACAACUAAGGGAGGACGACCACUGGGGGUGGACUCCCCCUGCGCUUUGGGGAGGGGACGCUGCUGGGGCAGGGAAGAAACCCUAGUGACUUGGUCACUGAACAAAAAAAAAAAAACACAUGCUUGAUGAAUUGGGUGAAGCAAAAGCGGCGCCAUUUACCAUCGUUGGUAAAAGCUGGGUCCUUCGUUCGUUCUUCAAGCCGGAGGACUGAAGGAGGGAGCCACAUACUCUCUUGAGUAUUCUUUGGGUGUCCAGGAUCUCUCUCUCUAUGCCAUAAAAUAAGGUGUAAAUCCUAUGUGGCACACGGGUAACAAUUUUGGCAGUGCAGGGCACUUUCGAUCCUGCCUCGGGUUUGCCGCUUCUUUUCAUCAUGCACAGACAGUAUAGCAAACAAUUCUUGCUUCUCUCCCUCCCGUAGGAUGGGUCUGUGUGCCACACACUUUGCACCCCUCUCUCAAUAGGUAGCACGUCAGCCAAUCGGGAGUAAAGCUAAAUUUCCAGAUAUUUUUUCCAAGGACCCGAAUGUAAUCCUGCCGAAAAUAUUUUGAUUUGUUUACAUAAUCAGGGUGCUUCAUAAUGUGUUUUCUGUAUAUGGAACAAACAUUGUUCUAAACAAAUAGGUAAGAAUAAUUGUUGGUGCAUCAUAGGAAGGCAGAGCUGACAAAGAAUAAAAUGUUCCAGGUCUA